AUGGAGAGGAGGCAAGAAGAUGAUCGAGAGUCGUGUCAGGAAUCGUGCGGAAAAACUGGAUACAAUAUCAAAAACGGACGAUAUCUCGACCCUAGCUGCCAUCACAGCCAGCAAAGCGCCCUAGUAUCUCACCUAUGCCUCGCUCCGAAAUGGAAUGAGGCUGUAUCCCAAACCCACUUAGAAAAUGAUGACUCGCCAAAGGAAGAAACUUAUACUCAGCCUAUGUAUCUCUCAAGGUUCGAUAUCCAUGAAGACAGCAGUGUUCACCCCAGCUCAAGAAUACCAAGAGUAAAAUCUUCCAGUCACGCAGCUAGGUAUCCUACUGGCUGCUCUGAAGCACAAAUGAGCAAAGAUAAUGAAACAUUCAACUCUGUUUCAUGCAAUCCUUCAUAUUCUCAACAUCAGUAUUUAAAUCAAACCACUGGCAGUCAGCAGCACCUCUUGGCUAAAAGUUCGAUCCCACAAUAUCCUGAACUCCAGACAGGAACAGGAUCAAUGGUCUCUAACGUCCUGCCAUACUCAAUACAAAGAUACCUGGAGAAUGAUUCUCAAUCCCACGAAAUCGACAGAGUCCUGGAACAGGUCGACCGAUAUUUUCCCCCACAAAGUGCGCCGCAUAACUCCAGACGCACCUCUUGA